AUGACCGACCCCAGAAACAAUACUGCAAGUCAGCGCUUGACGCAAAUCAAAGACUUUCUCACUAUGAAUAAGACCGCGACUACCAUACCCUGGGACCCGGAUUCUACCAAAUUUCCGACCAGAAAAGAGCUGCCGCAGAUCCCUGGUGCUCCGCCAGAAGCUGCCUGGGUUUGGGGCGACAACGACUACAUCGGCCGCCUCAAUCUUUUAACACCCACACGUGUGGCAGCGGCUGCAAAGGAGAUCAGAAGCGGCGAGAUCGUGCCUGUGAACUUGCCUCUCAACGUGCCGAACGUGCCGGCAUUUGGCCGCGAGCCCUUCCAACAUGAGAUUAAGACCCUGGCGGAAGGACUUGCUUACGAUGAUAUUUACCACAUGAACACACAAUCCGGUACCCAAUGGGACGGGUUUCGACACUUUGCUCACAUGGCUAGCGGUUCGUUCUACAAUGGCACUAAAGGAAGCGAUAUUACGGGCCCAAACGCAAAUCACAAAUGCUCGAUUCACCACUGGGCUGAGCACGGUGUUGCAGGACGGGGUGUUCUACUGGACUAUCGCGGAUACGCGCACAAGAAAGGCAUCAACUAUGACCCCUUUGACUACUACCCUAUCUCAUGGCAGGACCUUUAUCAAUGCGGCCAAGAUCAAGGAGUAGAUAUCCGCCCAGCCGCCCAGGGUGGCGAUAUCAAGCCUGGAGACAUGCUAUUCAUUCGUAGUGGUUGGAAGGAAGCGUACGACAAUAAGAGCGACGAAGACCGAACCAAGGCUGCGCUACGACACGGCAGCGGUAAGGACGGCGAAGACGGUCCGCGGUUUGCUGGAGUGAGCCAGGAAGAGAAGAUUCUCGACUGGCUUCACGAUUCCUACUUCGCGUUGGUUGCUGGUGAUGCACCUGCUUUUGAGGCGUGGCCCACGCACGAGAAUUACCAUCUUCACGAGUACAUCCUUGCUCUUUGGGGAAUGCCACUCGGUGAGAUGCUUGAUCUUGAGAAGCUUGCGCAAACGUGCCGCGAGAAGAACAGGUGGUUAUUUUUUUUCACCUCUGCGCCAGCUAACUGCCCUGGCGGCGUCAGCUCACAUGUGAACGGCACCGCAAUCUUCUGA